AUGGAGACAUCGACUGGUUAUUACACGAACGAUCAGUAUUCUUACUCAUCUGCAGCUUCGCGGCGAGACUUAAACAUAGCUGUUGUGAUAGAAACUAUACUGACUGAAAAGAAAUUGAUGUGGCUAAUGUUCUCGAUUGGGCCGAGGAUGAUGAACAUAAGAGGAGAACAUGGUCUAGGAAAAAAUGCGUUUUCCUUCAUCAUUGGAGUACCUGAAAUUGGCUUCUACUUGCACCUAUUAUUAUUAAUUCUUAUCCACCCAUGUUUAACUUUUGCCCCUUCAAGCCUUUUGCCCACAUGGGAUCCAUUGCCUUUGCUGGCUGACCUUCUCCACCUAAUGAGCUGGAGCAGGUGGCCAAUCGGCUUCCGCCACCUCAGCGUGAUAUGCAGCUUUUUGUGA